AUGGCAAAAAUGAGUCUCUCUUCCUACCUAUUAAUACUAACUUUUUCUCUGUUUUCUCAAGGCAUUUUACUUUCAGCAUCCAAGUCCAUAAGAAAUUUAGAAGAUGACAUGGUAUUUAAUACAUUCAAGCUGGGGAAAGCCUUUCAGAAGGAAGAUACUCCACAAAAAGCAGUUGCUGCUCCUUCUCUGGAACAAUAUAAAAAUGAGGAGAGCAGUUUCAUGAAUGAUGAGGAAAACAAAAAUUCAAAGAACACAGAUUCCAAACAUAAUUUCUUAAAUCAUGGUCUGCCACUGAAUCUGGCUAUAAAACCUUAUCUUGCACUAAAAGGAUCUGUAGCUUUUCCAGCUGAAAAUGGAGUUCAGAAUAUUGAAUCAACACAAGAAAAGAGAGAAAUUGGGGAUGAAGAAAACUCAGCUAAAUUUCCUAUAGGAAGGAGAGAUUUUGACAGUGAGUAG